ACAUUGAUGAAUGUGGAACUGGAAGGCAUAGCUGUGCCAAUGACACUGUUUGCUUUAACUUGGAUGGUGGGUACGACUGUCGAUGUCCCCAUGGCAAGAACUGCACAGGAGACUGUAUCCAUGAAAACAAAAUCAAGCACAACGGUCAGAUUUGGGUGCUGGAGAAUGACAGGUGCUCUGUCUGCUCGUGCCAGAGUGGAUAUGUGAUGUGCCGGCGAAUGGUCUGUGACUGUGAAAAUCCCACUGUUGAUCUCUUUUGCUGCCCUGAAUGUGACCCAAGGCUCAGCAGUCAAUGUUUACAUCAGAGCGGGGAGCUUUCCUAUGGCAGCGGUGAAUCCUGGAUACAGAACUGUCAGCAGUGUCGCUGUUUGCAAGGCGAAGUUGACUGCUGGCCCUUGCCAUGCCCAGAGGUGGAUUGUGAAUUCAGUGUUCUCCCUGAGAACGAGUGCUGCCCGCACUGUGUCACUGACCCCUGCCAAGCGGACACCAUUCGCAAUGACAUCACUAAAACCUGUCUGGAUGAAACCAAUGUUGUUCGCUUCACUGGAUCUUCUUGGAUUAAGCAUGGCACAGAGUGCACCCUCUGCCAGUGCAAGGUAAAGAGCAUAAACAUUAAGCUGAGAUGCUUGUUUCCUGGUAAGUCUGGUCAGUGACCAGUUGGUGUCUACACUUGUUUUAAAGCAGCAGAGAUAACAGUAAGAGUGUUCAGCUUAGUCAGUUUUACUCUUGUGUGGGCUAGAAGGAUGGUUUAAUGUGCUAGCAGGUCAGAAGGAGGCCAACAGCUCAUGGUGCAGUG